AUGGCCCGCAAUGCCGCCGCCGUCCUCCUCCUCCUAGUUGUGUCCAUCUACGGCGCCGGCGCCGGCGCCGGCGCCACAGUGGGCCCGCUGACGACGGCCGUGCUGCAGGAGACUGACGCCGCCGGCGCGGAGGAAGCAAGCAGCCUGCUGCCGGUGCAUCGCGACAGUCACGAGGUAGAGGAGGAGGAAGAGGAGGCGGGCAUCAAGGCUGGGACGCCUCGGGGCGCUACGGCCGGCGACGCGGCAAGCUUGGCCUCCGCCGCUGACGAGGAAGGCAAGGGGGCUGGAUCCGACUGGGGCAAGCCAAACAAGCUGGACGACGACGACAAGAAUGAUUCCGAUUCAGACUCUGAUGAAGAUUCAGGUUCCGACUCCGACUCGGGUUCAGACUCUGAUUCGGACUCAGACUCUGACUCCGAUUCAGACUCUGAUUCUGACGACGACGACGACGACGAUGAGGACCACAACUCCAAGCAAGGAAGCAAGAAGCAUCCGGCUCCCGGGAGGAAAGGAGCUCCCGGAGUUGAGCACGAUGACGACGUGCCUGAAAUGGUGAUCAAGGUGUGA